UCCGAAGUAGGAAGUGUACGCUUCAAGUUCAUUCAGGUGCCGUUUUCGUUGACGUCUGCGUGAUAUGGUCAAACAUUGUGAGCCAAGUCGUACCUGUUUCGCGAAACUCACUGGUGGCAGAUGAACCGGUUUGUACCAGCGGGCGAUGAAGCAUUAUGUCAUGAUGGAAUAUGGGCCUAUAAAGAAGCCAAUUUUUUUACCACUUCAUAAUCCACAGUCCGACUCCCUCUCUGCCUAGACAUGUCUACCGCCACAUCUGAAGCAAUUAUUCUAUUGGAAGAAAAUUUUACACAAAGCUGCGCUCUUGUCGUCGGUGCCGGUCAAUCGGAGGUCAAACUAUUCUGGGGCGAGCGCUCGUUCUCUGCAUGGUUGUUCUUUGCCAAUCGGAUGCUUGCACUGGUCUAUGCUAGCGUCUCUGUUCGUUGCAUGGCAAAUUUUAUGACGAGCAAUCUGGUUUUCACUCUCAUAGGGCUGAUCUCAGGGGUGGUUACAGUGUUACGAGUAUAUGCCGUGACAGGCGGCGAUCGACGACCUGUUAUGCUCCUCACAUUGAUAACGGUCCUCAACGUGGCCUUCAAUGUCUCUAUUGUUUUCGGCCUUGAAUCAUCAUAUUCCGUGAUCAUACUGGCUGGAAUGGCCAUGUGCUCUUCGUCCACCACUUCAAGUUCAGCGCAAGAUAUUGGUACAAAGUUGGAAACGGCCAAUUCCGUCUGUGUUAUAGCUGCCAGCAUCCUUUCACUCGCAGUUCUUUGGCGCAAGCUAUAUAUCAAUCAUAAACCAGCCACCGUUGACCUCCUGGCUGCGAGGAAUCCUUCACUUGCAGCACUACUGCUCAGAGAUGGCACAAUUCAAUUGACAGCAUUGCUUCUACUCAAUUUAUGUAUAACUGUAUUGAACUUCCUGGAUGUCAGUGCUCAAGAGAUCGUCGGUUAUUUGCAAACCUCACUCGCUCCUGUCCUGAUCUCCCGUGUCCUCCUCAAUGUCCGAGCCGCAGCGCGGUCCACACGAGGAGAGCAGUCCCAAACACCGUCUUUCGUCCGGUCGCAGCAUGGACCGCAGAGACAAGCGGACGUCGAAAACAUGUCAUUCGAAUUGAACAUCCUGAGAAGUACCGAACAAGCCCCGGAGAGCGAUCGCUCUCACCCGCAACACUCUAUUGAACAAGAUCAAUUUAUUGCUGAACCGCGAAGCGUAUCGCGCAAUGUUGUUACUGCCGGCGGUGCUCAUCAGGACGUGAAUGAGAAAGAGGGGAUAGACGAUGUCGAGGAAGAAACGCGGUCGGAUUGGGAGGACGACGAGUAAGGGGAGAGAAUGAGUGUCCGAGCCGCGCUGUCGGAUUCGCGGUGAUUGUGCUUUUGCUUGCUAUUUGUGAGUGGCACAUCAAUCUCGUACCCUCCCUCUCAUCGGUUGCAUUUCGC